CUUACUAUAGUAUGUACACACGUUCACAUUCGAUUGUCUACAUAGGCGUAGAUACGUUUCACAAGCCAGCUAGCGGACGGUCUUUCUGCUGUGUAGGGACCCACGCCUACUGUCUGCAGACAAAACGUUGUCGUCUAGUACCGGCUCCAUGAUCACACCAAGAGCUGGGCCGGCUAGGCAGGCAUAUAUUUAUUUGGUUUUCUGACAUUAGACUGUAAUUGAUGACAAUGGCAGCAUCUCAGCUGUCUGAAAUCGGUUUCGACUCCCUGUUUACGAUAGGCUACUUAUGUUUUUGCGCGUGUGUUGUCGUUCCCCCAACUGAGAUCGCGUCCGCUGGACUCACUGUACAGAAUCUUCUGUCUCAGUGGCUGGGGAGUGAGGAUAUGCACUUUAUUUAUUACCAUAUCAGACGUUCAACUGCCACACUGAUGAUCCAUUCCCUUUUGCCCCUAGGAUAUUACCUGGCUAUGAUGUCAUUUUCGCCUCACCUGAAGCUGUAUUUUCCAUGGCAAGUGCACCUGUACUGGAAACUGUACCUGUUACAGGCUGCGCUCAUCCCUUUGUGUGUGGUGGUGUUGUGCUAUUAUUGGUCCAGGGACAAAUGGUCGAACCAUCCCAUAGCCAGGCAGCUUGCGCAUCUCAGCAAUGAUAAUUCCUGGCGUGCUGUAGCCUCAUCAAUUAAUGUGGAGUUCCGUCGUUUUGAAUUCAUGUCCGGUGUAGCGAGUAGGAGAGUAUAUGUGACUGACUCCUGGGUCCUCAAGACCUCCACGUACACUGUUUAUGUUGCCCAUCAGAAUGAUAUUCAUUUGACUCUGGCAGGUAGUGAGGAACAUGAUAUCAGUUAUGAUGGGGGAAUGAACAUCCAGUAUUUAAACAUUACUGUGGCAUCCAUCAAUGAACAUGUGAAACCAUUUAGCAUAAGAUUAAAUUCCAUGGAGUAUAACGAUCUAAGGUUGAAGCUCACAACACCUGUGAGGAAUGCUCAAAAUAUUGUGAUACAACAGACACUCAGUGACAAAUUUCUUGAUGCGUUCCGCAGCCAGAUCAGGUCCAACAGCACAGUACAACUAAACGAAAAUGUGGAGGUAGAGCAGUGCAUUGGCUGUAUGCAGAAGCCAGCAGAUGUGACCUUACAGAAGCAGUGUGAUGGAGAAGAAUGCCAGAAUUGUUACUGCAGACCUAUGUGGUGUCUAGAGUGUAUGGGCAAGUGGUUUGCUAGUCGCCAAAAUCAGCAGCACCCCCAGACUUGGUUAGGGGGUAAAUCUCCAUGUCCAACGUGCAGAGCUGUGUUUUGUGUGCUGGAUGUGUGCCUUAUUAACGCGUAAUUCCUGCCCUGUCGAUGGCCAACGAUACCUAUUUGUCCUGUCAGUUUUAAUAUACUUGGGACCUGUCAGAUCCUAUCACAUGUAUUAUGUGCCCCUCUCCC